AUGACGUCUUUCGUGAGCGAGCUAAUAGAAAAGCAUAAUGGGAUUUACAACACUUCCAUCAGUCACCCAUUAACCAACGAAUUAUGUCAAGGUAUACUUUUAAAUUAUCAAUUAUUCACAUACUUAAAUCAAGAUUUAAAAUUUUUUGAUUAUAGUUUGAAUGUUUUGGGUAAAGCAUUGGCAUUGAGCAAUGAAAAAAGUGCAUCAAUUAGAUUAGCUAAACAAAUUGGUUGGUUAGCAGUUGAUGAAAAUGAUUACUUCACAAACACAUUGAAAGAAUUGGAAUGGGAACAAUUACCAGAAGUCAAAGGGUUAAGGGAGAAUAAUCUAACAUUACCGCAAGUAUCUAAAUACAUUGACUAUUUAAAGUAUUUGAUAAAUGACUGCAACUCAUAUUUAGAAUUAAUCACGUUCUGUUACGUGAUGGAAAAAGUCUACUUGGGUUGGGUAGAGUACAAUCAAGAGCAAAACCAAAUUGCUGCAAAAUUACCACCAAAAUUUCAAAUAUGGAUUGAUUUACAUAAUGGUGAACAAUUUAUAGAAUGGGUUAAUUUUUUACAAAAUGAAGUUGAGAGAAAUAUACAUGAUGAUGCAAGUAAGAAAAUUUGUGAGGACGCUUUUGUUAAGGCUGUGAACUUAGAGACUGAAUUUUUUGAAGCUUGCUAUAACUAUAAGGAGUAA